GGAUUUCAUUGGGCGCUGCGGUACCUGGAGGCUGUUAAUGCGGCUCUCUGCUUGUAAACAAGAAUAUGCCAGCAUCAGGACCGGAGAGGGAGCCAUGAGGAGAGAGGACAAGUCACAUCCCAGGCGCAGGAGGAGCCGUCUAUUUACAGCACAUUUGCUUCUCAUGUCUGUGAUAGCCACAACAAUAGCUCCCAUUUUCCUCAUCAGCCUCAGGCAGGAUCAAUACUGCGAGAGAAACUGAAAAUAUGAUGCCAUUACUGGUUAAAGAUUUGAGCCUCCAGAGGAGCAGCCGAUGAAUCACAUCAUAUUGAUCUCAGAUUGUGUUUUUGCCUGUUGGUUUAACCUCGUGUGACCUGACAGCAUGUGGUGUGUGUGUGUGUGUGUGUGUGUUUGUGCCUCCAGCCUCUCCACCCGCUCAGUGAGGACCGCAGAGAUGCCCCAGCAGAGGGAGGAGGACUCGUCUGCGUCCCGCCGCCCCAGCCUGGCAUCCCUCCUCUGCCGCCUCCAGACACUGAAACCGGGCCACGACUUCCCAUGAGGCCACCAGCAGAAACUCAGCUCGCCCGCUCUGUAUGGGGCCUCUCACAUAUGAAUUGACAUGGAGGAUGAAGAUGGGACUUGUCUACUUGAUGUUUUGUGUGACCCCCAGGCCCUGAACGACUUCCUCCACGGGACCAAUGAGCUGCAGACUGAAGACCUGCUCAUUAACUCGUCCUCCGGGGAGCCCUCCCUCUUCACAGACGCCCCGAGCCCUGUCUCUCUGCUGGGAGAUGGCAGGGAUUCCCCCGACACGCCUCCGCCCGGGUGUGUGGAUCUGUCCUUCCUGGAGGAGGCCCUCCUGUCAUCGCCGGAGGGUGGGGACGACCCACAGGUGGAGCAGAGGGGGGGGACACUUGUGGAGGCUGGAUUUGAGGCAAAGAAGGGAGAGGUGGAUGAGGCGGGGGAGGCGGGGGAGAUGGCGUGUGACAUCCUGCAGCAGAGCCUGCAGGAGGCGGAGAUCACAGAGCAGACUAUGGCUCUGGAGGCCGGUCUGCAGGGGGACAGCCUGUCUCUGUACUCCCCCACCCCUCUCCUCCCCCCCCCCACUCUACCCUUCAUACAUAAGUCUGUGACCUUACCCCAGAUCCCCCCCAUGCUGCCCAGAGACACCCAGGCAGCGGUGGAGCCCCCCCAGCCGUCCCUCCUGGCCGUUGGUCCAGGCUGCCCUUCUCUUAAACCUGUGGCCCCCCCUCAGCUGAUGGGGCUCCUGCCUGGAAACGUGUUCCCCGCCGCCCCCCCAGAGACCUCCUUCUCUCUGAGUCCUGCACAGGGGUCCAGCAUGAUCCUCCACAAAGCUGUCCCCGGUGUGACCGGUCGCCCUCUCCUCACGCCCACCCUCAGAGCGGCAGCGACCCCCGGCAUCAUCCUGCAGCGCGCCCCCCUCGCCAUCCAGCCCAAGCUGCCCAUCAGCAUCCAGCCCCGCCUGGUCCAGAUCAGCCCCAAGCCUCCUGGGCAGAAACACACUCCUGGUCUCACGUUUGUCCCGGGGACCACCUCCCCAAAUAUUUUACUCUCACAACCUGCGGGCCAGAAGCCCUCGGCCCCCCAGCCGCAGCCCCCCCAGCAGCUCCACAAACAGCUCAGCCUGCAGCUGGUCAACCAGGGGGGCUCCUUCCUGCUCCAGCAUCAGGGACUCUUCCAAGGCCAAAACCAGUUCCUUCUUCCAGGCCAGUCCCCGGUGACGCUCGCUCAGCCCGCCGGUGCUGCUCGCCCCCUGCUGGCCCCCGGCCACCACGCCCCCCCGAUCCACGGCCUGACCCCCUCCACUGGGCAGCUUGUGGACGGCUCUCAGAUCCUCACUGUGCCCCAAAGACAGCUCAGCUUCAGCCCCGUGUUCACCACGCAGACCGGGCAGCUCGCCCUCCGACAGGCCACCGUGCUUUCAGGACCCCUGCAGCUGCAGUCGGCGCCCCCUACCGUCUUCCAGAUGCCGGCGCAGCUGGCUGGAACCUACACACCGGGGGGGCAGGGGCAGCGUGCCACCCUGGUCCACAGUCCCGCUCUCGGAAACCACAUCACCCUGAUCAACAGUUCAGGAGUUCUUCCGCCCGAUCUCACCUCCAUCUCGAUCCUGAACGGCCCCUCGGUGGUUCAGGGGCUGCCCUUCACCGCCCCGGCCCCUCAGAGCAGCAUGGCAGAUGGACAGCUGAGCCUCCAGCAGGCGUCCGUGGUGCUGCUGCCGGAGAGAGCCGUACAGGAGGAAAGGAUCGGCUUGGAGGAGACCUUCCACCAGCUACCACAGCAGUACGGACACGUCCUCCAGCAGGUCCCGGUUCAGCCCCCCUCUGCAGGUCUGCAGCCCUCUCCUCCUCCUCCUCCUCCUCCUCCUCCUCCUCCUCCUCCUCCUGUGGUCACAGUCCUGCAGCCUCCACCUGAACCUCCUCUGGCUCCCGACCCCGCUGUGGAGAUCCCCAAACUCCUGAUCCCCCCCGCAGACCUGAGCCAAACGGUGGAGGAGGCGGCGCACUCCCUGAGCCAGAACGAGGCCUUUAUGCAACAUCUGCAACAGCAAGCACUUAGCUCUCCGCUCACCUCGGACUUGUUGGUCGGGGGUCUGCCCGAGGUGCCGAUGGACUCUCUAAACUCUCCGGUCCCCGAUGAGACAGAGACUCGUCCUCAUGCGUUCUCUGUUCAGGACCCGCACUCUGUGCUGUCUGACCCGUGUGCGGAGGAUUCCCCGCUCCACUCAGACCAGGAGGACACACAGCUGAUCUGCUCCCCCCUCGAUCCGGUCCAGGAAACAGAGACACCAGGGACUCCGGCUGGUUUCUCCCCUCCUGCUGCGCCCAAGAGUUCAGCCCCCGAGACCCCGGCUCCACAGCCUUGCGGCGAAUCACAAGUCCAGUACCAGAUCCCUCAUCAUGUCUCGCAGGCCUCGUUUGCCCAGAAAGCAGGACCAAUCCAGCCGUAUGUGUCCCAGCCUCAGUCAUCGGUCCAGAACAGUCUGCCUCCUCUGCGCGUCUCGGUGCCUCAGCAGCCGCCUGACCUCACGGCUGCUCCUGCGAGUCUCUCCACAGGAGGAGACAAGCCUGCUGUCCAACAGCACACACACAACAAGCCAACAGCUGCCUUGGUCGUAGAGAGUAAAGCGUUUACUCUCAACGACCAUCCUUCCUCUCCUGCAGCGCCGGGUCUCCAGGUUCAGGGGCCCCCAGCUCCCAGUGAGGGGGCCCCCACCCAGAAGAGCCAGCAGACCAGCACCAAGCUGGCAGCUCCGCCCGAGCAGCAGAGAGACGAGAGGCUCACACCAGCAAUGCGCCGGCACAGAUUCCAGCAGCAGAUUUGUUCGGACCACCGAGCGGUCCACACCCCCUUCACCGGCCCGGCCUUUCCCACACUGAAGGACGCCGUCAGACGCCUGCUGCCGUACCACACCUGUGCAGGUCACCUGCCCACUCAGGAUGACUUCACCUCAGUGGAUCAGGAGUUUGACAGUGUGUCAGGUUUCCUGCUGAAACGUACCAAGGACAUGGUGAACAAAUACAGGCAGCUACUGGUGAGAGAAGCUCAGCAGGACAGUCCGUCGGCAGAGAUGGUGAUGUUGGAGCGUCUCUUCCUUCAGGCUGAACGAAGCUCUUUAGCCGAGGACAGACGGCGAGUCCGCAGAGACCCAGAGUCCUUCAUGAUGGCCUUGGUUUCAUCAGCAUCUUCCCCCAACAGUGCCCCCUCCUCCUCCUCCUCCUCCUCCUCUGGCCCCUCCCACUCAUGCUCCUCCGGCAGCCCCUCCUCCCCCCCAGCCUGGACCCGACUGUCCGACCGACCCCCCGGCCUGAAGACGUACCGCUCCAGCUCCCGCGGGGCCCUCAGGCUCACCAUCAAGCAGGAGUCCGGCUCCCGGAAGGUGGUGCACAACUCGGCCUGCGACCCGGGACACAAGAGGGACCACACAGGUCAGCUGACCAACGGGGGGGGUGGCGGCGCCGUGACCGAACGCCACCUUCAGGCACAGAACGGAGCGCCCCAGCAUUCUCGGCAGGACCAGGAUGUGUCAAACGGAGCUCUGCCUUGUGACUCAGCAGAGACGGCGCCCGGUUCCAAAAGUAAAGCCCCAAAAACUGCUCUCUCCACGCCGGGGGGGGACGGACGCUUUGAGCUGAGAGACGUCGGCGGCCCCAAACUGAAAUGCUUCAGGGCGGACGCGUCGCCUCGGUCGGAGCAGAGCUUCAGCCCCCCUCCACCUCCCCUUCCCCCCCUCCAAGAGGACAACAUGCUCAGUGAACAUCUGCAGAGUGCCAUCGACAGCAUCCUGGAGCUGCAGCGCCUGCAGGGCCCCUCCGCAGCCCCGAGCAGGGCGCCGUCCGGCCCCUCACUGGACCAGGCUGUCACCAGCAUCCUGGGGGGGCACCUGUGAGGUAACUCCGCCCCCUGACAAGACAUCCAGGUGGGAUCAAAACAUAAACUUCUUAUCUGUUCCUGGAGCUGAAAGAGAUUUAGUUUGAGCGAGCGAGCGAGAGGAGAGAGAGUCCAGAGGCACUAUAAAGAGAAAGCAGACAGCAGCACUAUAGUCCCAUAGGUGUUAGAUACUUCAUUUGAUGUUUGUGGAAAAAAAAAGUCUAUUUGAAUAGGAGCUCUAUUGUUUCAGUGGUAGUGAAGUCAUUCAGAGGUUUACGACACUUCAUCAGCGUAUAGAAUAUAAGAAAUCAUAGUGAGGAUACCGAGCAACACGUGGAGAUUAUUCCAUCUUUUUAUAAGAUUUCUUUACAAAAUGUGAACUUUCCUUUUCGCAUAGUGCCAAGCUUCCAGGGUAUUUAUUUUGAUAAUCUGUGCCAACUGUGUUUUCAGAUGAGUUGAGCAAAGCAGCGAGUGUGUGUGUGUGUGUGUGUGUGUGUAUGUAUGUGUGUGUGUGUAUGUGUGUGUAUAUGUGUGUGCAUCCUGCAGCGGGACAGUGCAUAAACC